UCCACAACCAAUCGGAACGCACGUAAGGCCGAGGGUGUUUGGUAUGCUCUCGGGACAGGGCAGCUUGUUCGUAGUAAUUCAAGGUUUUGAUCGUCUAACAAUAUUGUUGUGCUAUCGUUGUCUGUUACAAAAGAAAUAAUUCGCCUUCGACGGCCGCGAAAUCUUGUUGGAUUUAAUUUAGCCGCGCAUAGAAUGGCAGCAGUUUUUGAUAUCGAAUUGCACGAUGCGGACACGGUAAAUAGGGACGAGUCUGAUGAUGAUGUUAUCGAGAUUGGCGAGGAAGAGUACGAUGCGAAUCCUAACGUGAAUGAGAUAACCGAAUCGGAAGGUGUCGAAACAGUACCUAUAUCGGAACAGAAUGUAAAUCGUGGACGGGAAAGAGCUGGACCGCAGGAUUUCGAACUUUGUAAAGUUAUUGGGAAGGGUGGUUAUGGCAAGGUCUUUCAAGUGCGUAAAAUUACGGGUAAUGACAGUGGCACAAUUUUCGCGAUGAAGGUCCUGCGUAAAGCUUCAAUUAUAAGGAAUCAAAAAGAUACUGCACAUACUAAGGCUGAAAGAAAUAUUUUAGAAGCUGUAAAGCAUCCUUUCAUCGUAGACCUUAUGUAUGCUUUUCAAACUGGCGGCAAAUUGUAUCUGAUUCUGGAAUAUAUGUGUGGUGGUGAAUUAUUUAGACACUUAAAUGAUGAAGGCAUUUUUCUUGAAGAAACUGCUUGUUUCUAUCUAUCAGAAAUAAUAUUGGCCCUGCAACAUCUUCAUUUACAGGGAAUUAUUUAUAGAGAUUUAAAACCAGAAAAUAUAUUAUUAGAUGCAGAGGGACAUAUAAAAUUAACUGAUUUUGGUUUAUGUAAAGAACAUAUACAAGAUGGCACUGUCACACACACAUUCUGUGGUACUAUAGAAUAUAUGGCUCCAGAAAUACUAACAAGAAGUGGACAUGGUAAAGCAGUAGAUUGGUGGAGUCUUGGAACUUUGAUGUAUGAUAUGCUCACAGGUUCACCACCAUUCACAUCUGAUAAUAGAAAGAAGACCAUUGAAAAAAUUUUACGUGGUAAACUAAAUCUGCCACAAUACUUAACACCUGAUUCCAGAGAUCUCAUACGAAAAUUAUUGAAGAGACAAGUUGCACAAAGAUUAGGAUCUGGGCCGUCUGAUGCGGAACAAAUAAAAAAUCAUCAAUUCUUCAAGCAUAUCAACUGGAAUGACGUAAUUUCUCGAAAAUUAGAACCGCCUUUUCGACCAACAUUAACAAGUGAGGAUGAUGUGUCACAGUUUGAUAAAAAAUUUACAACAUCCGCACCAAUUGAUUCCCCUGCGGAAUACACGUUAAGUGAAUCCGCCAACAGAGUAUUUCAAGGAUUCACUUAUGUGGCACCUAGUAUACUAGAGGAUAUGUAUUCACAGCCACGGGUAAUAAAUGCUAGAAGUCCACGUAGAGGCAAUAUGCGUGGUUUUUCUCCUAGAGGCACACAUUUUCAUUUACAUAAUAAUCAUGUACAAAAUCAUAGACACAAUGGAGUUGGACAUGGCAAUGUAGAAGAUACAGAAAUGAUCGAAAUCGGCUAACUGCCACUUUUUUAUAGUGAAAAAAUGCUUAGCAUUUCGGCCUAACUUCUGAACAUCCAUGACCAAUCCUUGUGUCUCAGGGAGGGAUUUUAUAAAACAUAGAUGGAGUAGCAAAAGGAUAGGUCCAAUAUCCAGUGCUUCAUUGGAUGUUCAGUAGUUAAAUGUAGCUAAUUUUUUUUUUUAAUCAAAUCUAAUUAUAAUACAGGUACUAAUUAAGAUUAUGCUUUAAGAGCAGCGACGCAGUAGUUAUUUGGUAGCAUGUAAUAAAAAAUAUAUAUAUUUAUGAGUGAAGAAGCUCUUGGAACACGAAAUAAUCAAGAGAGAAAGAGUUUUAUUUACUUAUUUUGUCGUUACUAGCUAUGUACUGAACGUUAUAACAAGAUGCAUUAUUCGCAUACAUUAUAGGCAAAGUACUGCAUACUUUUCAUUAAUUCGUUAAUACGUAAUCACUUUAUUGUGUUUUUUGUACAUAUGAUUAGCAGGUUGGUUGGAUAUUCAUAUGCAAAUAUAUAUAUAUGUAUAGAAAGAAAGAAAAAAAGAUACACAUACAAACGUCAUUAAUGCAAAGUGCGACAGACUGAAAAAUUCCAGCACUUUUAGAGAUUCAUAAAUUAUACUGUUAAUACAAAAGUUUGACGUUCAACCAUCCUGUAAUACUUGUAUAUUUAAAAGUCCGUACAUGGCGCGUGUAAUAAUGUUGCGGUGUACGCAUGCUUAAGUGUAAUUAAUUCAAGAAAAAAAAGGAAAGAAAGAAAGAACAUAUAAAA